AUGAGCGACUUUAUAUCUGGCCGUUCCAUCAACCGAGAGCCGGUAGGCGCGUCCAAGCGAUACAGAAGGUAUCCGUUCACUUCGGUGGAAAGUAAACAGACCACACCAGCAGCCACUCCUCGGGUUCACUCCGUAGUUAUGCGAGAACGUCUUUGGGAAAGUCCCUGGACGCGGCAAAGUACGGUUGGCUUAUCUUCGCCUUAUCUUUUGAGCUCUUUGCCUCCAUGCCAACGCAAUGACCCGGUACGCCUUUCGCAAAUGUACCGCCAAAUGUGGACUCGGAUGGAUAAGAGGAAUACCAGAUCGACGCAGCGAGUCAUAUGGGAAACACGCUGUGAUCUACUCCGCUGCUACGCGAGGUGA